UUCAGACUGAGAGCAUCCUUUUUCUUUGCUUUCUUACCAUCCUCACCAAAACACAGCAAGAUGACGGAAAAUCAUGAGCAUAGCAUAUCUCCACUCCCCGGUUUGCGAUAGAAAUAUCGUUACGGGUUAGCCGUUUAUGGCUAGCGCAAUGCUACACAAAAUGAGGCUGUGUUCCUGAUGAAGAACAGACAUAAUAGCCUGUCUGUGGAAACAAGAAGAAUAUAGUUCUCACUAGCAUAGCGAGCUGGGCUGAGCCUCGAGCUUUUAGUGUUUCUUUUUUUUUUUACAAACACGUCUGAAAACAAAAUGCUCAUUGACAGUUUAUUUUUUAAUGUUUCUCUUCGGCUGAUGUGGAGGAAAUCAGUGGGUCUCCAGUAAAGAAGAUGCACAGAUAAAAGUGUUCGCUUGACAACAUUAAGGUGCCUGAACGUUCCUGAUUCGAGACUUUUGGAGAUCACCAACUAACAAACUCAGAAGAGGACCUCUGGACUGAACUUCAACAAAGCCUCCUCUUUGCACUGAUGAAUGUUUCUUCAUCAGUGCAAAGCUUCUACUGCGGCAUCACUUAGAUCGUUUAUCAAUUGGAAGUUUUAAGCUUUAGUCGGUGGAGUAAUUGGACUAGCUUUUAACAUUGGGAUACAACAUGGCUGCCGUAGCAACUUCACACUGGGGUAGUGACUAACCCAGCAUAUGAUCACAAGAUUUCUCUGAAAUCGGGGGUCUUGUGUCUCAGAUAUUACUGAACUUGUCAUUAGCAUUGAUAUGCUAUAUCUAUAUCUAAUACGCAAGUGAACCAAUUCCUUGAUAAUCACUCAGGGAUUGGUUCUGAUUGAACAUUCAGUGCGUUUGUCAUGCAGGGGAUCUGGGGACGUUCUAGAAACAAGCUGGCAACCCAGAUUUUUUGUAUAGCUGACUCUUUCCUGCUCAUUAAUGUCCCCAUGACCCCUGCAGAAGUCAGAUAAACGGGUAUCAGCUUACCACAUGUCUUCAUCAGAUAUCUAAUAGCAGCCAUUGAAAUGAGCUCAUGUCUGUAGCCGCGCCGCGCCAGCGUUGUCGAGGCUGGCGGUCCUCUUCCUCGGCCAUGACCCGGCUGAUGUUGGGCCGGACUCUGGAGCGCAUCUGUAAAGGUGUCCUGCUGCUCUGCCUGCUCCACUUCCUCAUCAUGAUGAUAUUGUACUUUGACGUCUACACGCAGCGCUUCGACCUCUUCAGCCGCUUCAACAACGGCCGCAACGGUUCCAGGAAUAACGCAAGUGGAGCAGCAGGAAGCGGACACCAUUAUUACUAUUACAAUCUUUCCAGGCCUAACGCCACAUUAGCCAGCUACCUGGCCCCAGGGGAGCAGCUGGUGCCCACUGUGCAGCCUGAGACCAAUCAGACGCCUUCCCCAAAGCCUCUGCCGCCGUGUCCUGAGAUCCCUCCCGGCCUCGUGGGGCGUUUGUUGAUCGAGUUCAGCUCCCAGAUGACGAUGGAACGAGUGCAGAAGGAAAACCCCAACGUGACGGAAGGGGGUCGCUACACGCCGCCCGACUGCCGGCCUAGAUGGAAGGUGGCCAUCAUCAUCCCGUUUCGUCACAGAGAAAACCAUCUGAAGUACUGGCUCCACUACCUCCACCCGAUCCUCAGGCGACAGAAGAUCGACUACGGCAUCUACAUCAUCAACCAGUUGGGUGAGGAAACCUUCAACCGUGCCAAGUUGUUGAACGUUGGCUACACGGAGGCUUUGAAGGACGCAGAGUACGACUGCUUCAUCUUUAGCGACGUGGAUCUGAUCCCGAUGGAUGACCGCAACCUCUACCACUGCUACGACCAGCCGAGGCACUUCGCCAUCGCCAUGGACAAGUUUGGCUUCAGGCUGCCAUACGCUGGCUACUUUGGAGGAGUUUCAGGCCUCAGUAAAAAACAGUUUCUGAAGAUCAAUGGCUUUCCCAACGAGUACUGGGGCUGGGGAGGGGAGGACGAUGACAUCUACAACAGGAUCACUCUGAAUGGGAUGAAGGUGUCCAGGCCAGACGUUCGCAUCGGCCGCUACAGAAUGAUUAAACACGAGAGAGACAAACACAACGAGCCGAACCCACAGAGGUUUAAUAAAAUCCAGAACACCAAGAACACGAUGAAGAAGGACGGGAUCAGCACUCUGACCUACAGACUGCUUCAGUUCAAGAGGUACGCUCUGUACACAAAUAUCUCUGUGGAGAUCGGCAAACCACCGCCCCGGCCUAUUAAGGGCUAGAAAGCGCCAGACGAAAGGCGAGGAUGUGGACACACAUUGACAGGAUGGAAAAAGAUGAGCAGAAGAGGAAGAAAUCAGGAGAUCGCAUAUCCUAGACAUCUGGAAAGACGCAGGAGUAAAAUGAGGGGAAAAGUCCCAAGCACAUGAUGAUCUCUUUCUCCCUCUUUACUAGUUUUUUUUUUGUAAUUUGAGCUUGCCAUUUCUGUAACAAGGACGCAGGCUAUUUCCAACUUUUUUAAGCAGCCACUGGCUUCACACCUCCUACCUUUACCAAUCAGUGACUUCAGGAUUGAACAAGUGUGCAGCAAGCCUUGAAUAUCACUGGCCCACCAAAGGUUGGCUUCAAACUUGGAAGCUGAUACUUGGAGUCUUUCAAUUACCAAUCUUUUGGAAUCUGGAGGUCGUCCAGUGGCAUAUCGACAGAGGAUAUUGCGUUUUUUCUUGGGAGUUAAGAGAUGAGACAAUAACGUCACUUGAAACUUUGGAAACUGUUUUGAAAUAUUCAACCUCAUCGAUUGGAAUUUCUUGGAAUAUUUGACCAAGUUCAUAUAAGCUGAAGGGAAAUGUUUUUUUCAUGGAUACAAAGACAGAAACGAGACGUGAUAUUUGCUGGAACAGAAAUGAAAUACCAGGAUAAUGAACACGGUGGACAAAAAACCUUAAAAACAUGUUCAAGCUUUCACGGUGAUAGUCUAGAGAAUGGGGAUUUCCAUCAGAGGCAAACUGUAACAUUAACACGAUGCAGUGAUGCUCUUUAGACUUGUAUAUGAAAGAUUGCCUAUCAAAGAAAUUGUCUGGCUCUCAUCUUUGCAAAUGAUGGUAAGAGAUGAUUUAUUAUUAACAUCUUUGUCAGGGAGUUUUGAUCUAAUUACUUCAUCAAAUCCUCCGAUAUCAAUUAAUGAAUGUGUAUUGUGCCUGCAUCUCCUGUGCUGGGACACGCUGAUAAAACAUGUUCGUCAGCAGCAACAAACUCCUGAGAACUCUCUUUUUGUUCUCUUUUUUUAUAUACAUAUAUAUAUAAACAAAAACUUUGGAAGCAGAAACUGAACUUUUGAAGUAACUCAUGUGCUGGAUGCAAUGACGUGGAACUACCUUGGGAAUGCAUUAGAAAUAAAAUCAAGGAACCGAAGACAAGGCGGAUAUACACUGACAUCUCAGUCGUGAUUUUAACCCCAUGUGGCACAAAUUAGAGAUUGGGUUUCUGAAAGCUUUGUUUGUUUUCCUUUCACUCCCCUAAAAAAAAUAGAGAUUUAUUUUAGUAAUCUGGGCUUUAAAUGUACAUUUGUGUUACUUACAUUUUGAGUUUCAUUAAUUCUCUUCCAAGAUACUUAUUAUAAGUAGAAAUAUGCAGUUUUCAUUCGAAAAAUCUGACAUUUACCACCUUCUCUGGACAUAUGUGAGGCAGCAAGGGGUUAAAAUGAACUGUCGGAUUAGUAAUGGCUCAUGUUUUACAGGAACACGUUUUUUUAAUAUAUUUAAUCAUCACAAUUUGUUCACUCCAUUUUCUAUCUCUGCUAUCUUUUUCUUUAAAUCUUUAAGAAAAAGAUGAUCAUAUCCGGAGAGAGGAAAUUAUAAGGUGAUAGUGUUUUGCUGGUGGAAAAUAGUGAAUUUUUAGACAGUAAUGAGAAGUCAUGGCUUGAGCAGUUUGACUGACAUCUCUAUUGCUGCUUCAGAUUUUAUCAUGACCAGCUGUCAGCUCUGUAUUUAAAUCUUUCUCACUUUUUCAUUAAUGAUAGCUACAUUUUUUAAUUGUUAAACUUUUUUUUUGUAAAAAAUCAACAAACAAAAUCUUAGAUCAUGACUUCCUACGUCCGCUUUAUUGAAGCCUUUGACCGUUUCAUGCUUUGUACAUCACUCUUCUUCCCUUGUUUUAUUUUUCCUUGUCUCUACUGUUGACGCCUAAAUACCAAACUGAUGCCUUCAGAAGAGAACGAUACUAAAGGGGCAGGGACGGUUAUUCUUUCAUUUAAAAGUUAUGAAUUGGGUUUAAAAUCAAUCGAGGAAGAUAAAUGUUUCGAGAUGGGUAACACAGAAAUCAAACCAUAUUUUUUUCAGCUUUGUACAUUUUAAAAUAUUUUCACCCAUCUUCAAAAUAUGUUAAACAGGCCGAAGAUUCUGAAAUGCAGUACCUGUUUAACAAAGUAUCAUUCAUGACAAAUUGGGGCUUUUAUUUUGGUAAAAAUUAUGUAAAGUAUAGCCUACCCCUUUGGCCACCCUCGGGGCAAUAAUAACGAUCCCAGCUGUUUGGCGCUCUGUUAUCAUCGUCAAAAGCCUGUUGGACGGUUUGAUUACUCCUCUCUCUGCCUCUCACUCCCAAAUAUGCAUUCACACGGUCUUCCCUUUUUUUCUUUGCAUUAUCUCGCCUUUCAUUGCCUUUUCUUUCUUACUCUGCCAGUCCAGGCUGUGUGUGUCAAUGGCACUUUGUUGUGCUUUGUGGUGGGCCCACUUCAGGCACAGCUGUGUCUCACAAGAGUGCUGCUUCUUUCAAUAGCUAUCGACAGAGCCUCUCUUUGUGUCUCUGAAUCUGUGCCACUUACUGUCUGCAUCUUUAUUUUUCUAUCUCACUACACUUCCCUGAUUUGUGAAUCCUUCGGUUUCCCCCCUUUGGUCAUUCUCUUCUGCACUUUAUCUCACUCUCCUUUUCCAUUUCACCUCCAAUAAUAAUCUCCUGGUGAUGUUAAUUGUCCUCAGUGGGCAGACUACCUGUUACGAAGUCAAUGAAAUAUCUUCUCUAUACUGUUUACAGCUUAACCAGUGCAAUAUUACAUAUUUGUUCACAUCCACCACAUAUCCUGCUUCAAAAUCCUUUUAUCAAGUGGUAUGUGAGGUGACAACACUUUUUGAAAAGGUGAGUUCUAAUGCAGUCAUGCUUUUUUAGCUCCUAUUCAUCUGAUGUAUUUGAAAUCUCUAGUGAUUACUCUAGUGAGUUUAGUGUUUUACUUCCAUAAACAUCAGAAUUAGAGCAGCAUACGCCGAGAUGCCCUGACUUUUAGUUUCUAGUAUGUAUGUAUGUAUUUAAGUCAUGGCUUAAAAGUACCUAUGUUACAUCCACAUUCAAAACAAACAAAAACUACAGUUUACGCUGUUAAGUCUUAAGCCUUUGAAUUUCUGGUUAAAGUAAAGAGACAUUUCCAAAAUUUGAAGUUAUGCUUCAAAAUGGGGCAAAAUACUUUUGUAAUCAACAGCUCCUUCCACCUCGCAGCUCUAUCAGACUAUCACUUCCUGCUAAAUGCCCACUUUCAUUACCUACACCCACAGCUCAUUAAGUUUCGGUCAAUAAAGAAAAUCAUGUCCAAAGCCAAAAAAGAUGUAAUCCUGAUGACCUGAUUCCUUUUUACUUUUAAAAGCUCCAUGCACAGCAGAAAUGAUAGUGCAAAUUGAACUUUAAAAUUAAGAUGAAUUCCCUUUCAUUAAGACAAUUUGAAAAAUCACUGGCAACUCUUAAUAAGGUCAGUUACAUAAAGAAGGUACACGCUGAGGAGUGAUGGGUAUUAAAAAAAAAUGGAUAACAAGAGAGGCCCCAUUGUGUAUUACACAGAAACACGGGAUAUAGAUAUAAAAGAUCAGCAGCCGAAAUGUCAGCAAAAAAAGUAUUUGGAACAUCUCAUUCACUUGAGAAUAGAAACCACCGUGAGGAGCGCUUGAUGUUUCUUAAUAGACUCUUGACUUUUGAAGCCGUUCUAUUGUCAAGCUCACCUCAGGUGGUUGGUAUAUUCGCAACACUUUUCUUCAAAUACUUUUUUUGCUGCAGCAAGCAGACGAGACUUCAAGGCCUCUGGGCGUUUUUAAAAAUUUACUGUAUCUCUAGCUAUGUUUUUUUUGUACAUUGAAUGUUAAAAUGUUAUAUCUUAUAUAGAAUGCAUUACGUCAUAUCAAACCUACUUUUUCUAUACAAUCAAUAAAUCUGAUGGUUAAAGAUUA